UUCAGGCGCUUUGUCCGGCUGAGCAAGGGCUUGGGCUGCGGGCGGGCUGAGGGCGGGGCAAGGGGGCGCGCGCGGGAGCGGCGGCGAGCUGCGAUUGGGCGGCUGCGGGCGGCACGUGCUGCCGCGAGGCCGCGUCCGGUCGCCGCGGUGCCGCCGGAGCCGUUGCCGCCGUUGCCGUCGGGGCGAGCGGUCGGUGCGAGAGAGAGAGAGCGGGAGUGCGGGGCUGGCGGAGCCGGCAGCAGCCCUGCCUGCGGACGCGGACACGGCGCCAUGUGCGGGAUCAGCUGCGGGCCCUGCUGCGGACGGGCUCGGAGCUUCCCCUUUUGGAACCUGUGUGUUUGGAGAUGUUGGAGAAGACCAAGGAGGAGGACACCCAGGAGGAAGAGACAUGAGGAAGAUGUGGAGUCUCUGCACAGCCUUGAGGAGACUGUGCCCAAGGCAACCAAGGAAGAUGUGGAGACUCCAGGGCGCAUUGAGGAGACUCCAGAGCGCGUUGAGGAGACUCCAGAGCACGUUGAGGAGACUCCAGAGCGCGUUGAGGAGACUGUAAGCAAGACCAGAGAGGAAGAUUCAGAGACUCCAGCGUGCAUUGAGGAGAGUCCAGAGCACACUGAGCAGACUGUCAGCAAGACCAGAGAGGAAGAUGCGGAGAUUACAAGCAAGGUAUCAGACGAAGAUGCAGAGACUCCAGAGCGCAUUGAGAACUGUCUACGCAAGGCAACAGAGGAAGACACCAAGGCUGCAGAGUGCAUAGAGAAAACUCCAGGCAAGCCAGCUGAAGAAGACAUGGAGACUCCACAGAGCCUGGAAGACAAUGUGAGGAACCAACCUGGGGAAGAUGUGGAUGUUCCACAGAGCGUUCAAGAGAGCACAACUGAGGAUGGAGCUGAAGACGCACAAGAAGGAGCUGUUGACUGUGACACCCUGAGAAGAGCGCAGAUCCACCAGACUGAGGGUGAAGGAGCAAGAUGGCUCGGGGUAAGUGAAGCUGGUGUGGUGGCCAAGUCCCCAGCUCAUUAA